AUGACAAAACGUUCACGGAAUGUUUCAAUAAGACUUCCCCGGGGCCACACUGCCUGCCCUCCAGGACAUCUACAGCACCCGGGGCCACACUGCCUGCCCUCCAGGACAUCUGCAGCACCUGGGGCCACACUGCCUGCCCUCCAGGACAUCUACAGCACCCGGGGCCACAGCAAGGCCAAGAAGAUCAUCAAGGACCUCAGCCACAAGAGACACGGCCUGUUCACCCCGCUAUCAUCCAGAAGAGUGUCCCAGCCCUGCCCUAGUGUCCCAGCCCUGCCCUGUGGGAAGGCUCUCUACUCCUACGAGGGGAAGGAACCCGGAGACCUGCAGUUCGCUAAAGGUGACAUCGUCAUCCUGCGUCGUAAAGUCGACGACAACUGGUACCACGGGGAGCUGAACGGUUGUCACGGUUUCCUUCCAGCUAGUUACAUCGUGUUGUUGCGGCCGCUGAGCCAAACUCCACCAACAGGAAAGGCCCUGUAUGACUUUGAGGUGAAAGACAAAGACCAGGACAAAGACUGCCUGGCAUUCUCGAAGGAUGAGGUUCUGACAGUGAUCAGACGAGUGGAUGACAACUGGGCAGAGGGCAUGCUGGGAGAUAAGAUCGGGAUCUUCCCCAUCCUCUAUGUAGAGCUAAAUGAAACAGCCAAACAGUUGAUGGAGAUUGACAAGCCGACACCCAAUCCCAUCCCUGGCCCCAGCUCUGACCCGCCCCCCGGCCUCCCAUUGGGUCCCUGCUCCUCUGGCCCCGCCCCUAACCCAUCCUCUCCAGGAAGCAGCAAUGGCGCCCUCCAGAGGCGAGGGGAGGAGAGGAGAGGAGGAGAGGAGAGGAAAGGAGGAGAGGGGAAGAAGAAUGCUAAGAAGCGCCACUCGUUCACAGCUCUGAGUGUGACCCAGCGGACAGCACAGCUCAACAACAGACACAGUAUGGAGAUCUCCCACCCUGUCCUCAUCAGCUCCUCUGACCCCAGGGCUGCUGCACGGAUACAGGACUCUCCCCCCGGUCCCACUCCCUCCUCAGUAGGGGUUCUGGUUCCACCCAGAGUGGCUUCAGUCACCUCAGAACUGCUGGCUCAAGCCAAGGUCCAACUACCACUCAACAUCUACCUGGCCCUGUAUGCAUAUAAGCCCCAGAAGGCAGAUGAGUUGGAGCUGAGGAAAGGAGAGAUGUACCGUGUCACAGAGAAGUGUCAGGACGGCUGGUUUAAAGGGACCUCUCUACGCACCGCUGCUUCCGGAGUCUUCCCUGGAAACUACGUCACACCCGUGUCACGGCAGUCGAUAAGCAGCUAUGGUGAUGAUAGUAUCCUAGAGCUGAUGUCAGUGUCUGCCGCUGCUCAGCUGAAGAACUGCCUUCGCUCUGGACAACAAACAGUUAACCAGGCCCGCUCUGCCAUGCAACUGGUCCACAGCCCGCCCGCCAGUAGCCCAGAGCGUCCCACAGCGGCCAUCUCUCCUCUCCGACAUCAGAACUCCUCCUCCUCGCGCUGCGCUGGCCAAUCGGCUCGCCCAAUGUCCAUGGUGUCCCCCGGCCCUUCCCCCCUCUCCUCCCCUGCCUCGCGCCCCCUCUCCUGCCUCUCCUCCCCUCUCCUUCCCCGUUCCUCUCCCCUCUCCUGCCUUAUCCCUCCCAACGCCAGUGCUGCCCUGCUCAAUGGAGAUUCAACCAAUCCCUUCCAGCCACCCUCACCUGGCCCCUCCCACAGCAACGCCCAGGGGGCAGUCCCCCCAAAACCAGAGAAGAAAGAGAAGAAAGGAGGUCUGCUAAAGCUUCUCUCGGGAGCCGCGGCCAAGAAGAAGUCAUCUCGCUCUCCCCCGUCCUCCCCCCCGACCCUCCCCCUGUCGGGUGCCGUCCUCCCACAUCACACCCGCUCUGGUUCCUGUCCUAUGGAAGCUCAGGGGCGUGCCGGGUCUUGUCCAAUUGAGAGUGAGAUGGUGGGGGCCAUGGGGUUAGAGCCUCUGCACAGGAAGUCAGGAUCCCUCGACCUCAACUUCCCCCGGUCGCCCCCGACGCCCCGCACCGGAAACGCACUGCUGGCCCUCCGACCUGAACCAAAACCCCUGUCCAGAGAGAGGUAUCGUGUGGUUGUGCCCUACCCCCCUCAGAGCGAGGCAGAGAUCGAGCUGAGAGAGGGAGAUGUGGUGUUUGUUCAUAAGAAGAGAGAAGAUGGCUGGUACAAAGGCACUCUGCAGAGGACUGGACGCACUGGGCUCUUCCCCGGCAGCUUUGUAGAAAUCUUCUGA